ACAACCAUGACCUGGAUGACUGAGAAUCUCUACAGACUUUUAGCUAUACAAUUUGGGAUGAGCACCCUUUGAAUGGUGUGGGAGUAGGAAUGGAUUUCCAGAGGAAAAAUUGCAGAACAAGAACCAGGAACACAACUCAGGUGAUCCUGAGGACACAGAUAAACCUCCAAGCGUUUCAACGACCCUUUUAAAGGAUGCAGAUUACCAGCUGUCUGCAAGGAAUAUACCGGUAAAUCCUUCCAUUCCCCGCUAUCCUGUCAGAACUGAAGAAGCUUCUUGGAUGAGAAGCAAAAGGUCUUCAAAAGAAAAAACAAAGUCCAGUUGCCUCCUGAAACCCGUCUUUUAUCAAGCAGAAAACAAGUAGUUAUUCCUAAUGGCAGUAUCAAACUUGAUCCGGAACUUUGGUUCCUUGCUGCUGUCUUCAAGUCCUCAUCAUCUUCCACAGAUCCCUGCAUCUUUCCGCCCGCUUUUUCUGGUUAGCCAACUUGGUGCAUCCCGUGAAAUCAGUACUUCUACCUUGGUCUUAACUAGAGAUCCUCUGUGGAAAUGCAGGACAAAGUAUACCAUUAAGCCCAUUCCCAAACCAAAGUCAGGAGGUCGAGAUCACACAGGUCGUAUCCGUGUGGAUGGAAUUGGAGGAGGAAAUAAACAAUGCUACCGUAUGAUUGAUUUCCAAAGACUGCGUUAUCCAGAUGCAGCAGAUCCUAGUCCGUUUGAGGAAAAAGUGCUUUUGGUCCGAUAUGAUCCAUGUAGAUCAGGUCAUAUAGCUCUAGUGGGUGGAGGGAAGCGGAAACGCUGGAUCAUUGCAACUGAAAACAUGGUAGCUGGUGACAUCAUCAAAACUUCAGGAAAGAUAGAAAGGAUGGCAGUCUCUGCUAAUGAUGGGGAUGCAUAUCCAGUUGGAGCUCUACCACUUGGAACCCUUAUAAAUAACUUGGAGAGUCAUCCUGGGAAAGGAGCACAGUAUAUCCGAGCAGCAGGCACCUGUGGGGUAUUACUGAGGAAAAUUAGUGGAACAGCCAUUAUACAAUUGCCCUCCAAGAGGCAAAUACAGGUGCUGGAAACAUGCAUGGCUACAGUGGGACGAGUUUCCAAUGUUGAGCACAACCAACGAAAUCUUGGGAAAGCUGGUCGGAACCGGUGGCUGGGAAAGCGACCAGAUAGUGGUUUAUGGCAGCGGAAAGGGGGAUGGGCUGGACGCAAGAUCAGGCCCCUCCCAGCGAUAAAAAGUUAUGUGAACCUGCCAAUGCCAGCCUCACAAGGCUGACAUUAGUAGCUCUUUAGAAUUCUGUUAAAUAAAGUUUUCACCUGCAACCUGCAAA